AUGCCGGAUUUAAUGCAUGAGCCGUUGGAAAUAGAAGACCCGCAAGCGCUAAGCCGCUGGAAAUUGGAGAAAAGAGAAAUAGAGUUCCAAAAUCAUCCUCAAUUAAUAUCACUUGACGAAGCGACGUCGGCACUUGAUACCAACACGUACAGAAGUCACUACGACAGAUACUGCAACCACAUCGAUAAUCGCUCAUCCCUCUCGACAAUUGUACAUGCUGAUCGGGUGCGUCUGAUUAAACAAGGCAAGGCAGUAGAGCAAGGGUCGCAUGACGAACUUAUGCAAAUCGAAAAUGACGUGUAUUUCAACUUAUGGAACAAACAUCUCAAAGAUAGACUGAAGUUAGCUGUACAGCUAGCGUGUGUAGUAGGAAGAGUAUUUGUCGUAGUAAUGGAGCAACUUCUGAUUCAAUCACCGCAAGAAUAG